AUGAUUCCAAAUUUGGCCACAGAAGCUAAACGGAUUAUGUCAACAUAUAAAAAUGCAGAUCAUAAUCAUUCACAUUCAUCCAAACCCAAACAAUACUGCAAUCCUGUAGCAGCCCUGCGUUUCCCCCCAAUUCCAACCGGGGCAAUGGCCACAGGCGUCGCCGAACCCUUGCCGCCAUCGUCCUCCACCGCGCCGACCUACUCGUACCCUCCGGUGAUCAUCAUCCUCACCAUCGUCCUUCUCAUAUUCUUCUUCGCCGGAUUCUUCUCCAUAUAUUUCUGCCGCUGCUUCAUGCAGAACCUCCUCUGCACGUGGCACCUCCGCCGCAGCACCGCCAGCGCCCCCGCGGGGGGCGGGGCCUCCACCGGCACCGUGGCUAGGGGCGCCGGCCUCGACCCCUCGAUCGUCGAGUCCUUCCCGAGCUUCACCUACUCGACCGUGAAGGAUUACACGAGGGAGAAAUACGGCCUCGAGUGCGCCAUCUGCCUUGUGGAAUUCCGCAGCAGCGACGUGCUCCGCCUCCUCACCGCCUGCUGCCACGUCUUCCACCAGGAAUGCAUCGACCUCUGGCUCGAGUCGCACAAGACCUGCCCCGUCUGCCGCCGGAACCUCAACUCCCCGCCGCCGUCGCCCCUCAAAUCGCCGCGUUUGUCCGUCCAUGAAAACGAGGGGAGUCACCGAAACGAUAGCUGCAGCAUCACCAUCAAGGAGGAAGAGGAAGAGGAAGAGGAUAAUCGGAGUCGAGGAAGGGGAGAGGGCGAGGAGGCCUCGUGCGCGGCGGAGCAGAAUGAGAAGGAAAAGUUCUCGAGAUCGCACUCGACAGGGCACUCCAUAGCGAGGAAUAGGGAAGGGGAGGAGAGGUUUACCCUAAUUUUGCCUGAGGAGGUGAAGUCGCGGAUCAUUAGGGGACAUAACUCCAGCAAGAGUUGGACGAGUUUCGGUGAGUAUAAAGUUAAGAACAGGACUGCAAAUGAUCAGAGUGUUGCGGAGGCUUCUGGGAUGGCUGCAGCAGACGACAAAGUAUAGCGACUUGGGAUCUUCUUUUAGUUUUUUUUAUUUUCUUAUCUAUCAUUUUCUGUCUUAGGUUUCGGUAGCAUUAGUUGAAGAGGUUUGUCAUAUUUUUAGUAACGUAGUGCACGUAGUGUAAAAGAGAUAUAAUUCAGAGUAGAACUUCAAAAUUGAUCCCGCGCUAGUGCUAUAUUUGACUCACUCACGCAGACUGCAGACCAACAUAUAUAUAAGCAUGCAGCAUGCAAUGGUUGCGUGAUGCCAGUUUACGUCCAUUUUGUUUAGAAAGUGAACAACGAAGAAAAUUUA